AUCUCAUCUCCGUUCGCUUUUUCUUUUGAUCUCUCAUUCUCUCUUCUUUUUCAAUUAUAUUAUUUAUCAUAUCUCUCAAUUCACUUUUUUUUUUUUUCUAUAUCUCUUCAUUAGAUGGAAAUGAAUUAAGAAUAUAAGUCAUUUUCUUAAAUCUAUCAUGCUGCUCUUACUAGUAACUAUAUAAACCCAGCCCAAUCUCAUCCUUUUUUCCUCACCCAAGAUUAUAAAUCAUAUCAAAUCCAAAUCAAGCACAACAUGGCAACCAAGCACUCAGCCACCCCAUUUCUAAUGCUACUCCUAACCAUUACAUGUUUCUUCCCUCUAUCACUUUCAGAAAAAUGCAAACCACGAGAAAAGACCGCCCUUCUCCAAUUCAAGAAAGAGCUCGGCAACCCAACCGAGCUUUCAUCGUGGAACACCACCACCGACUGUUGCGACCCCGCCUGGGAAGGCGUCACCUGCGACGCCUACAACCAAACUUACCGCGUCAUCAUCCUCGACCUCUACAACCUCAACCUCCCCAACCCCCACCCCAUUCCUGCCUCUGUGGCCAACCUCCCUCACCUCAACAUCCUCUCCCUCCGCAACAUCCCCAACCUUAUCGGCCCAAUCCCGCCGGCCAUCACAAAACUCACCGAGCUCAACUACCUCACCGUCAGCCACACCAGCAUCUUCAGCCACAUCCCCGACUUCCUCUCCCAGAUCACAACCCUUGUCACCUUCGACUUCUCCUACAACAACCUCACCGGCCCUUUACCUCCUUCCAUCUCCACCCUCCCCAACUUCGUUGGAAUCACCGCCAACGACAACAAGCUCUCCGGAGCCAUCCCAUACUCCUAUGGCUCGUUCUCUAACUUGUUCACCUCGUUGACGCUCAAUCACAACCAGCUCUCCGGGAAAAUCCCAGCUUCUUUGUCGAAGCUGAACCUUGCCUUCGUGGAUUUAUCCAUGAACAUGCUAGAGGGUGAUGCCUCAGUAUUUUUUGGAUCAGAGAAAAAUACCCAGAAGAUUAUACUUGCUAGAAACUCGCUGGCUUUUGAUUUGGGGAAAGUUGGGUUGUCGAGUAACUUGAACACGAUAGAUCUUAGGAACAAUCGUGUCUAUGGGACGCUACCACAGGAAUUAACUGGGCUCAAGUUUUUAAAGAAGUUGAACGUGAGCUACAAUAGUCUUUGUGGUCAGAUUCCACAGGGUGGCAACUUGCAGAGGUUUGAUGUGUAUUCCUAUGCUCAUAACAAGUGCUUGUGCGGUUCUCCUCUUCCUGCCUGCAAGACUUGAUGAUCUCUGAGCGAAUUGAAAUGGAUCAUGAUGGAUAAUGUAUUUGUCCAUGGAGCUACUUAAGGGGUGUAAUAAAUGAUUCAUGUAGUACGACCUAUAUAUGUUUUCAUGUCGGUGUUGUUUGUUCAUUUUGUGGUUCUCUCAUUCCCACGAGUUCCACGGCAACAAAUGUAAUCUGACAUAUGUUUUUUUAUCUCAGUUGUGUUCCAAUAGGACGCAUGGAAUUUUACUAAGUUGUGAGA